AGAUGGCGGCGGCCCCGCCCCGCCCCGCCCCGCGCGCCGGGCGGGAAGCGCCAGGGCGGGAGAUCGUGAGGGCAGCGAUGGCGGCGGCCGGCGGCGAGCAGCAGCAGCAGAUGCUCACACAGAGGCUGAAGGCGGCGGUUCACUACACAGUCGGGUGCCUGUGCCAGGAGGUGGAGGAGGACAAGGACGUGCAGUUCAGCAAGCAGAGCAUCGCAGCCAUCUCGGAGAUCACCUUCCGGCAGUGCGAAAUCUUUGCAAAAGACCUUGAAAUGUUUGCAAGGCAUGCAAAACGAACCACAGUCACUACAGAAGAUGUGAAGCUUUUGGCUAGAAGAAGCAGUUCUUUGCUAAAAUACAUCACUCAGAAGAGUGAAGAGCUUGCCUCAAGUAACAUGGAGCAGAAGGAGAAGAAGAGGAAGAAGUCCAGCGCAGCUAAGGGAGAGAGAACUCCUGGGGAACAAGAAGCAGCUAUGACUGAAAAUGAAGAUUCCAACAUGGCAUGAUUUGUCUUUCAAGUAAUGUGUCAGGUUAUCUUCUCUUACUGUCCUAGAGAAGCCAGAAUUAGCCUAUUUAUCUUGCAGGUUAGCUCCAGUAAUGAAGUUUUCAGCUUUAGUGAAUGUGAAUCUUUAGCAUUUAGUGAAUGCAAUUGCAUUUUUAUUGUUCAAAAUACGAAAAGUCUGUCAGAAUUCAGUAAGCUUACAGCCCAAAUGCCUUAAUUGCUCACAAAAGGUAUCUGGUAUUAAAAUUAAAAUACUUUAAAUAAAGAAAUUGAAAUAAAACAUUCUCAUUGAACCAUAA